ACUGCAAUUGCAAAAAAAAUAAAACAUUCCCGAUGUUAACAUAAUAUAGACAAAAAUUUGCACACAUUUUGUAAAGGAAACACAUCUAAGGACGCACUAACAAGAAGGUGUUGCUGAAAGACAGUGAAAAGGUCUGAGUGCAUGAUUAGUUACAGCUGGUCAGCUCUGGGGUGCAGAAACAGCCCUGACAUCUUAAUUAGGCCGUAUUGUGGAGGACCAUGGAUGAUCUGGCUUUGGAACGUUACUUUGACGAUUCUAUCGCAAAUGACUCAAGCUACAUGGUUGAGGAGGAGCUUGAUCUUCAAAGCUCUCUCAAACAAUCACAUGCAUCACACACCAACUCACGGAAUUCAUCCAACCUAUUAGGUGAGACUGAAACAAGUGGCAGGUUGGGUAAUGAUCUAGACCUCAGCUUCCUACCCGAUGACCUCAGCAAUCAAAGCUCUAGCAGCACAGUCCCAGCCACAGCAGCCACACAUCAAAAUCCUGAGCUUGAUGUUUUGGAGGACAGUGGCAUAAAUCUAGAUAAUAGUUUGCAUGGUAUGGCUGCAGUGAAACGUCAAGUCGCAGUCGAUUUGGGAUCGAAGAGCAAUGCUUCCCCGUUCUGUCCUAUGACUCCGAUGACCCCGAUGACUCCAAUGACCCCUGUGACAGAGAAAUCGGGAAUCAUUCCACAACUACAAAACAUCGUCUCCACUGUAAACCUUGGCUGUCCAUUGGAUCUAAAAUUCAUUGCACUGCAAGCCAGAAAUGCAGAGUACAAUCCAAAGCGCUUUGCAGCUGUAAUCAUGAGGAUCCGCGAGCCUCGAACAACAGCACUGAUCUUCAGCUCAGGGAAGAUGGUCUGYACAGGAGCCAAAUGUGAGGAGCAGUCCCGUCUGGCAGCGAGGAAAUAUGCCCGGGUGGUCCAGAAACUUGGCUUCCCUGCCCGGUUUCUCGACUUUAAGAUUCAGAACAUGGUGGCCAGCUGCGACGUCUGCUUCCCCAUCAGACUUGAAGGACUGGUUCUCACCCACCAACAAUUCAGCAGAAAUUCUACCAGAGGAAUCCAAGUCAGUGGGAGUCCAAAGGUUGUCCUGCAAAAAUGUUUUUUUACAGUCAUGAUUUGUGGUGCUUCUAGUGACUCUAUUGAUAUUCUGUCUCUCAACAAAUGUGUGUCAUGGCUCAGGGACUGAUUGGUGCAUUUAUGAAACAGUUAAACAAAACAAAAAUUAAUAAAGCUGUUAAAUAUCAUUAGAUUAAAGUAUAUUUCUUAACAACGCAGUGAUGAUAGUGCAUUGGGAACAACGUAUUCCAUUACAACAUACCCAUUGCUUGGAUUUUCCCUUGACCCAGUGCAGGUAGUGUGCGACAGAUGGACUCUGGUUAAAAUGACAUCACUGAUGGACAAUGUUUCCCCCUCCAAGCAUGAAACUGUUGCUGAACUGGAGAACUUCUUCAGUGACAGACUGCUGCAUAAGCGCUAUAGGCAAUCUUUCCUCCCAGCAGCUGUUACGUUCUAUAAGCAUCACUUCUCCCAAUAAACCCAAUAAAU